AACGCUUUCAUGCUAGAUUAAACUUUCAUUCAUUCAAGACGCAAAUGCACUAACGAGCGGCAUUAAUUUUAACAAGAACACAUAACCUGUUUGCAAUCAUCACAGAGUGAUUCAUGAGUAACUAUCCGUGCGUUGAUUCAUCCUGAAACGUAGCUCAGGCACUAGCAUUUCGCUUCGUAAAACAAUACCAUAUCACUGGCAAAGUCCUUCGCUUAAUUACACGGAACAUAACCAACGACACGUUAUAUUUUAGUCAUUCUAAGCAUUAGUAUGGCAAAUAUUACCACGCUUUUAGCCGUGUUUUUAGUAACGAUCACAGGAUGCGCAGCAAUCCGUUGCUAUCAGUGCAGUUCUUCUCAGGAUCCUGAAAAUGAGGACAACUGUGGCGCGUACGCAGAAUUUGACAAGCAGCGAAACGUGCCAAUCGAAUGUAACAGCGAAGAAUCUCAUAUGCCCGGAUCGUUCUGCGUAAAAGUGACGAAACAGGGGUCCAAAGGUUUUGUCUGGGAUGGAAGAUGGCGUCAAGUCAUACGGCAGUGUGCAUCUAUAUCAAAUUCCGGUGUGACGGGUGUCUGCAAUUGGGGUGUAGACGAGAAUUUGAUAUAUUGGGAGGAGUGUUACUGUUCCAGCGAUGGAUGUAACGGAGCAUCGGAUCUCAAACCCCUGUCCAUUUCAGUAUUUACCAUGAUUUUUCUUGCCCUUUUAUUUCUUUAUAAAUAAGGUACUUCCAACAAUUAUUGUAAUGGUGAUAUAUACCAGCGAUUCCGUACGUUUAUAUUUUAAUACACUAGUUUGAUAGGUCGAAAAAGAACUGAAUUGGAUUUUAUGACAUGUUUUCAAGAAAUUGAAUUACUGCAUAAUUUUUCCCUUUAUAUUGAUAUCAUUUAGACAAAUCCGUCCAGAUUUUGGUAGUUCAUGUAAGGAUGAGCGAUAUUGAUUAUAUAUAUACGAAUGUACCAGCGUUCGUUAGAUAAUAGCUAUUUUUUAAAUAUACCGCUAGAUGUAAGUAUUUUUGUAUAACUUUUUAUACAAACAAAUUUUUAUGAAUAUACACAUUAUAUGUACCAAAACUCAUUAGAGGUCUCGAAAAUUGUACUCAUUAUCCGUAUUCCUGAUCUACCAUCAAGCUAUUAUUUUGGAGUAGUGGGCAGAAAAAAUGACACACCGGAUUAAACAUUAAUAUGUAUUUUAAUCAUUAUGA